AUGCGUCAAAAAGUUGAAGAUAAAGUUCAAAACCUUCAAAGUGAACUGAGCGAUCUUGCAUUCCAUAAUUACCGAACUUAUGUUGAUGUUAGCACAACUGCUGAAUAUUGCCGAGAAAAGUUUUCUCAAAUGGACAUUCUAAUGCGACAGUCAAGUUCCUCUUUUCCAGCCCUUGAAGAACAAAUUGAUCAAUUUAAAAAUCAAUCGACCCAAUUAUUUAAUGAAUUUAAACUUUUGAGUGACGUGGAGUCCACAAACUUUUUAAUUUGGGAGAUUAUUAGACUUCCAAAGUUAAUGGAAAAAUGUAUUCGUGCUGGACAUUUUGACCAAGCUUAUUCAAUUACAAAUUUUGCUUUGUCGAUUAAACAAUCCAAACUUGUUCAAUAUCCUUUGUUUAAGAAUGUUGUCGAUUAUUUACUUGAGGCACGACAUAGUCUGUUGGAUGAACUUUUUAACAAAUUUUCUGGCCCUCUCAACUUAGCAAAUAGUAUUCAGAUAAUAAAUAAUAUAAGAAAGAUUCCUUACAUUUCCAAAACUCAAUUACGUAUUUCAAUUCUUCAAUAUAGAGAUAUUUAUUUGGAAAAGAAAGUUUCUUCUAUUAUGUCUGAACCAGAUUUUAUUUUGCGAGUUAUCGAAGUAUAUAGAGAAUGUAUGUAUGACACAAUAAUCCUUUAUUUGGCUGUUUUUCCAGAAACGGACACUCAACAACGAUUUGUAAAUGAAGAUACUCGUUGGGAAAGAUGGACAGGAAGUUCACAAAAUUAUUUACUUCAAUGUUGGGCUCAAAAAAAUAUUGAAAGAUUGUUAAAUUAUGUCCAAUGUUUUGAUUAUACUUCUUUGCUGGAUAUUGAAAUGGUUGUUUCGAAGUUGAUGAGCUGUGCUUUUUCUUUUGGUCGAAUGGGACUUGAUUUCCGUUCUUUAAUUCAUUACAAAUUUUCGCAAAUGGUUCUUAAUAUUUUUCAAAAUAAAAUAGAAGCGGCAACAAAAAGUUUUACUUCAAAGGAGAAAAUUGAUCUUAUUGAUGAUGGAAUUUUUGAGAACACUCAAUCCGAAUUAAAAAAAGAAAUUAAUCGUGUUGAUUUAUCAGCUCCUUUAGAAUUAUGUAUUUGGGAUGAAUUGUGUAUUUUUGGGAAUUCUAUAAUUAAUGCAUUAAAUGAAAUUAGACAUUCUAUUUAUAUUAAUUCGGUUUAUUUUUUUAAUUUUUUAUUCGGAUUUUUAAUUUUAAUUCAGAUUCGUCGUGUUUUCAAUAUUUUACAUUUUUCUUUUCAAAAUAUUUUUGCUUGGUUGGACUCUUUCCUUUCAAAUCAAGAAAAUAUUUUUAUUGUCAAAAAGGCUACUUUUCUUUUAAUUAAACAAUUUUUGCCUUUCAUAAAUUGUUGCUUCUUUUCUUGUUUUCCUUAUGAACAAUGUGCUAAAAAAUAUUUUAUUACUGGAAAUUGUUCUUUGAAUGAAUAUGUAAGGAAAUUAUAAUUUUUUAAAUUUAUUUUUUUAGAAAAAUACUUUUAAUUUUGUGAAUUCUAAUAUUUUUGGUUUAUGUAAAAAUGAAUCUUUAUUUUGUGAAAUAAUAAAAGAAUUUGAUUUGAAAGAAAAUGAAGAACGAAAUAUUUUAAUUGAGGAGGAAUCGAUUAAUACAAAGAAUGAAGGAACUGACGAACGUUUAGAAAUUGAGGGGGAAGAGAAGGAAGAAAAUAAAGAAAUUCUAAAAAUUGAAGGCGAGAAGGAAGAAGGAAAUGAAGAAAUUUUAGAAAUUGAAGGGGAAAAGAAGGAAGAAAAUAAUGAACUUUUAGGGAUUGAAGAGGAAGAGAAAGAAGAAAAUUUGCUAGAAAAUAU